CUGUCGAUUCGUUCAGUUCGACUGAAUUCAACCACAAGUGAAAUGGAAGGAAAGAGUCAAAGGAAGUGUUUUUCUGCAGUUUCACAUCGAUGUUAUCAGUGUUCCUCUAAACCUGUGAGAAACUGAGACAGAAACACAGAAGCCCAGCGUUUCCAACAGCAUGCGAGCAUUCAGUCCAUCAAACCAAAUGAGAAAAUGCCCGGCAGAAGAUCUCUGUGUGUGUUGAUCUGUGUGUUCUGCUUCUGUUGUGCUUUGAAGAGAAAGCCUGUUUUCAGCAUUCAAGAGCUCACGGUGACUGGGAAAGACCUGAAGGAUUGUGGGAAGAAUGUGUGUGUGAUGUCCAGCGCUGACUGUCCCGCAGAAUCAGAUGUUCUCACUGCAACUCCUGAGAUAUUUGUGAACACGUCAUGCCACUUUCUGUCCCAUGAGGAGUCGAUCACCUGCAGGUGGAUUCAGAUGAACGACGUCCGAACGGAAACCUUCAUUCUCAGAAGAACUGACGUCUACUGUCCUUCCAUUUUAAAUUUCUUUUCACGUUUCAAUUUAACCAUCAAGUCAAAGAGCAUCGACAGCCAGAAAGAGUGGUUCUCUGAUGUCUAUCCAGUGAUCAUUAAAGAAAUCGUUCAGGCUCCUCGGCCGGUGAUCACGUCUGUUAAUGUCACAGACUCGUCAGUCAACGUCACAUGGAAUGGAGGAAGAAUAACUAAAUGCCGAAUCCGCUACAAACGCCUCAACACAGAGUCAUGGACAAAGACUGCAGAUUUGCCCGCCUCAGAGGAGUCUCUGUUCGUGAUUGAGGGUUUACAGGCCUUCAGCGAGUAUCUUCUGAGCGUCUCCUGCGUUCAUGAUCGCAGCCGGUGGAGCGACUGGAGCAGCGAGACACGAGUAAAGACGUCCGAGAGCCUGCCGUCUGCACCUCUCUCGCUCAGUUAUCAUGUGGCUUCAGAUGUAAACUCCGGGGUUCGGCAGCUGCUGCUUCUCUGGAAGGCUCUGGACGUCACAGAUGCUCGAGGACUCAUUCGAGGGUAUGAAGUGUCCUACAUGCCCACCAAACAGCCCUCUCUAAAGAAAACCAUCCACACCGCUGAGCUCAAGGCAGUAGUUCUGGUGUGGGCAGAGGAGUACGAGGUGACCGUAUGGGCUUAUAACAGCGCCGGACACUCGCCGCACCGCCGGCUCCUCGUCGACGCGUCUCGUUCUCACGAUGUGCGGUCAGUGAAGGCUCUCUGGGUUUAUUCUGACGGCUCGUCGCUGCGGAUCCGAUGGGAUCGUGACGUCACUGAUGCAGACGUCAGCGAGUUCGCCAUCGAAUGGAGCGCCGUCACGGACCCCGAACACAAACACUGGCAGCGAGUCGACGGAUCCACGUUCACAACCCGUCUCACAGGCCUCAAACAGGACGAGAUCUACAACAUCAGUGUGUUUCCCGUGCACGACUCUCUCUGUGCGCCUCAGACCUCCAUCUCUGCCGAUCUACAACACGGAGCUCUGCUGGAUGUGGAGGGGUUUCGUCUGGUGAACGUGUCGCGCUCGUCUCUGGCGGUGCAGUGGACGUGGAAGCAGACGAAGCCGAGAGUAAAAGUGCUUCAGUACAAGCUCGUGUUGAGCGGAGAACACGGAGCCGAGUCUCUCUCAGUCUUUCCAGAUCAACAUCAGCACUCGUUCCACCAGCUUCAUCCCAACAGCAGAUACUCCGUCUGCAUACACGGAGAAACUGCGACCGGGAACUUCUCAAAGGCCAGUCUGGACGUCAACACACCACUGAUAGAUUACGCUGAGUUGAUGAGAUUUGCCGUUCCAGUGGUUCUCCUGCUUCUCGUCUUUGGGAUAUUCUCUGUGUCAUCAAUGACCGUAUGCAGGAAACAUUUCCUCCCUGUCGUCGCCAAUCCGAGGUUCAGUCUGAUCGGCCGCUGGCUUCUCCACCCGCAUCUGCAGGGCAGUGGACGGAUCUGUGUGCUGAAACUGGAGAGUUUGUUCCCGUUGGACCCGCAGACGCAGAAGAGCCUCAUAGAGGUGGAGCGGCGCGAGUCUUUGACAUCAGAACACGAGGACGCGACUCCAUCGAAGACCUCCACGAACACAGACGCCCUCCCCCCCCCCAGUCCACCCGAGUACGUCGAUUUACCCCUAUUAGCUGAUCCUUCUGAUUAUGUUCAAAAUGGACAAAUUGUAUUUCACUUUUCUGAGAAACCCUCAGACUGA